AUGAGCCAGGCCCGGCCCCGUGCGGGCGUGAAGGCCGCCGCCGAGGGCGCGAAGCUGUGGGGAGGGCGCUUCUCGGGCUCGGUGGACCCCUUGAUGGAGAAGUUCAACGAGUCGCUGUCGAUGGACAAGCGGAUGGCCAAGGAAGACAUCCAGGGCUCCAAAGCCUACGCGCGCGCGCUGGCCAAGGCCGGAAUCAUCACGAAGGACGAAGCCGAGACCCUCGUCAAGGGCCUCAGGCAGGUCGCGGCCGAGUGGGCGGACGGCACGUUCGAGGAGAAGCCCGGCGACGAGGACAUUCACACGGCGAACGAGCGCCGGCUCUCGGAGAUCGUCGGCAGCGUGGGCGGCAAGCUCCACACCGGCCGGUCGCGCAACGACCAGGUGGCGACCGACACGCGCCUCUACAUGAAGAAGCGGAUGCGCAUUCUGCAGCAGGCGCUGCAGGCGCUCAUCGCGGUGGCGUGCGAGCGCGCGGAGAGCGAGGUGGACGUGCUCAUGCCCGGGUUCACGCACCUGCAGAGCGCGCAGACCGUGCGCUGGUCGCACUGGGUGAUGUGCCACUGCGCGGCGUGGCAGCGCGACCACAAGCGCGCCAGCGAGAUCAUCCCGCGCAUCGCGACGCUCCCGCUCGGGUCCGGCGCGCUCGCGGGGAACCCCUUCCUCGUCGACCGGCAGUUCCUCGCCGAGGAGCUCGAGAUGGAGGGGGGGGUGUGCCCCAACUCCAUGGACGCCGUGUCUGACCGGGACUUCGCGGUGGAGUCGAUCUUCUGGUGCGCCAUGGUCACCACGCACCUCAGCCGCUUCGCGGAGGACCUCAUCAUCUACUCGUCCGCGCCGUUCGGGUUCGUCCAGUGCUCGGACGCGUACGCGACGGGGUCGAGCCUGAUGCCGCAGAAGAAGAACCCGGACGCGCUGGAGCUGAUGCGCGGGAAGGCCGGCGUGAUGCAGGGCAACCUCGCGGGCGCCAUGUCGGUGUUGAAGUCGACGCCGACGACGUACAACAAGGACUUCCAGGAGGUCUGGGCGCUGAUGUACGACUCGAUCGACACCACGUUCGACGUCCUGCGCAUCGCGACGGGCGUGCUGGCGACGCUCACGAUCAAGCCGGACAAGAUGCUGGCGGUGCUCACGCCCGACAUGCUGGCGACCGACCUCGCCGAGUACCUCGUGCGCAAGGGCGUGCCGUUCCGCGAGACGCACCACAUCAGCGGGGCGUGCGUGAAGCUGGCGGAGGACACGGACCGGACGCUGUUCGACCUCACGAUGAGCGAGCUCAAGGAGAUCGACGAGCGGUUCGAGGAGGACGUUAUGGACGUGAUGGACUUCACGAAGUCCGCGGAGUCGCGCGACACCGAGGGCGGCGCGAGCAAGCGCUCCGUGCUGGAGCAGGUCGAGAAGAUGCGCUCCUUCCUCGCCGCGAACGACGCCGGGUACCUCGACGAGACGCUGUGGUGA